CACAAUGUGUGGGCUCCUCCUCCAGAAAGUCUCGGUGUGUUUUGGUCGAAUGGAAACCGCUGGAAUGGCCGGACGCUUCCAGUCACACCCUCCCUCCUGCAUGCCGGGGAACAGUCCAGUAAUGCGAGAGGCAGGGCGCUACUAACUUCUACACUUAAGACGCUCGUCAAAGUCAAACUCCUGGAAAAGAAUUCCGUCCCGCACGCCGCUUCCCCCGUGUUUUUUUUUUUUACGGCUUAAGUGAAUAUUUACACGGCAGCAGGAGACGACGUUCCCGGUGCAGUGGCGUGCAAUGCUGGGACAGAGCAAUUCGACGAGGAACCUGCACUGAGCGGAUUUGGAUUGUAUUGUAGUCUUGUUUCGACACGGUUCUUCCUGCCUUGGUGUUCUUUACCACUCAAUUACUUUGAAAAUGCCUGGGAAAACCAAAUAUAACUUGGUUGAUGAUGGGCAUGAUUUGAGGAUCCCGUUGCACAACGAGGAAGCAUUCCAACAUGGAAUCAACUUCGAGGCAAAGUACAUCGGCAGUCUGGAUGUGACACGACCAAGUAGCCGAGUGGAGAUCGUGGCUGCCAUGAGACGAAUAAGGUAUGAGUUCAAGGUGAAAAACAUAAAAAAGAAAAAGGUCAGCAUCAUGGUGUCUGUUGAGGGUGUAAAAGUCACCAUAAGAAAAAAGAAAAAAAAGAAAGAGUGGAUGUGGGAUGAAAAUAAAAUGAUGGUGAUGCAAGACCCCAUUUACAGAAUAUUCUAUGUGUCUCAUGACUCCCAGGAUCUAAAAAUAUUCAGCUACAUCGCCAGAGAUGGACACAGCAAUGUUUUUCGAUGUAAUGUUUUCAAGUCCAAAAAGAAGAGUCAAGCCAUGCGCAUUGUCCGGACAGUCGGGCAGGCAUUCGAGGUUUGCCACAAACUGAGUCUGAAGAACGCACAGCAGAACACAGAAGGAAAGGUGGACUGCCAUGGUGAAAAGAAUGGCAAUGACUCUUCCAUCACGGCUGUAUGUGUGUGUACUUUAGUUGGCUCAGCUCAGGAGACAACAGGAGUAGCAAAGGCUACAACUGCUGCAGAGGAGACAGACAUCGAUGCUGAUGAGACAAACCAAAUACCGAUCUCAGAGGAACUUAACAUCAACAGAGGGGUGACGGAUUUGGAUGCCACAGCCAAGACAUCAGACCUCAACCACUCAGAAAAGGCUUCAGAAGAGGCCUCCUUACUGAUGUCCAGUCCCAGGAUGCUGCUCCCAGCAUCAAGUGUGCUAUCCCCUGGCACCCCUUUAUCUGUACACCACCAGAUUCAACUCCUCCAACAGCAGCUUCAGCAACAGCAGCAGCAAACACAAGUUGCUGUGGCACAGGUUCACCUCUUGAAAGACCAGCUAAGUGCAGAAGCCACGGCUCGCCUGGAGGCCCAGGCUAGAGUUCAUCAGCUACUGCUGCAAAACAAAGAUCUGCUGCAGCACAUCUCACUCCUGGUUAAACAGAUCCAGGAACUGGAGACCAAAAUUGCUGCACCUAACUCCAUGGGAUCCCUGGACAGUUUGUUGGAGAUCACUUUCCGGUCCACUGUGCCCCCUGUAAUCUGUGACCCGACAACCCCUAAACCAGAGGUGUCUGCCCUGAACUUACCACAGCUGUGCUCCACUGACGGGACCAGUAACGCCUUUGCUUCCUCCAAUGGGACUCUGGGAAGCCCACUAGUUGAUCAAAGUAUGUUUGAGAAUUCUGUUGCCCAGCAACAGAGUCCUCAGACCCACAGGCAGGGCCAACCCUCUGCAAGACGAUCUCCAGCAUCCCAUAACACUAACAUGGGUGCCUGCUCCUCUGACUCGCCUUCCUCUGGAGGUCAACAGAGGCUGAAAAAUGCUUUUAAUCUGGGAAAGGCUGUUGGGGCAAAGGUCAAUGACCUGUUGAGAAGGAAGGAGUCCAGUCAUGGGGACAUCGGGGUCACUGAGGUCAACAAGAAUGUUGGUGCUGUGUGGAGUUGCAUGGACCAAAUCAACCAAGAUUCUACAAACAGUCACAUAUCCUUUGACUCCAUUCCUCGGUUGGACCCACCACCGCCAUCGGGAAAGAAGCGCCUCCCUCGAGCGUUAAAGACCACCCAGGACAUGAUGAUCUCCUCUGACCCUGUGGUAUCCUCUCUGGACACCGCAGACUCAUCCUCACCCGACAAGACACCCCUUAUCACCAAGGAGGAUCCGAGAAGCGAAGAUGAUGUGCAGAAUUGUGAUUUGGAUGACGCAUCAGCAGAGAUCAGCACUACUGGUGAUCAAGCUGAUAAGACAUCUGCGGGCAGGGAGACAGAAAUGGAAAGCAAUGGAAAGGUAGAUACAGUGAUAUGUGGAGAUGAACCAAGUGGAGGAGAUGCAGAGGAACACCAGCUCCACCUGUCAGUGCCAGACCUCAUCAACAAAGAUCCUCCUCUGCCGGAGCCGAGAGCCAAGACCUGCGAUGUCUGGCAGAAGCCGUCAGGUCUGGACUCCAGACUGGCCUCCACCCCCAGCUUAGGGAAAACUCCCUGUCGCAUCAGCCUGGAUGAGGAGAUCUUGUUGGCCAAUGGCAGCCCCUGCAAGAAAGACUUUGAAGUGGGCGUCGACGACACAGAGUCACACCCAGACCUGCUGUCCUUUGAAUAAUCACUCCAGUUAUCUCAGUAAGAUUCACACCACUCUUAAUUCCCAUUCAGAAUCUAGUUCAAGUAAAGCUACAGGAAAUAGGCCAAAUAUGAUCUUUUAGCUUUUUUAAUUUUGCAUUUCAAAAUAGUUGGAAAAAUGAAUUGCUAACAAUGAUACAUUGAAUUAACACCACUGUGAAUCCAGCGUCCUGAUUCGUUGUUGAUGGUGCUGACUGUGGUGUUUGGCAAAGACUAUUUAGUGCCAUCUGACUGUGGGGCACUUUGACUCUCACUACAUAAUUUCAGAUAUUCGUCGUCUUGUGCAUCCGGGCCCCCAAUUCCCUUUUUCGCCCUUGUUAGACAAUUUGUGUUGCUCUCUGCAGUUAACAGCAUAGUAAGAGAUUUUAUGUUUCCUCUUGCACUGAAUAAUCGCUCAGUAGAUGGACGGUUCCUGAAGACAGCACUUUUUGUGGCUGUUUUGGAUUGCUGACAAUGUUUUCAGCUGUGCAACACAAUUGCCAAAUGCUUCUCUAAUAAUCAUUUAGCCGUAUAAAAGGAUUAGCUUGUAUUAGUAGCCAUGGAUGCAGAGGACUGGCAGUAGGUGAUAAUACACCUACAGGUGACACCAAACUUGUAGAUCAUUCUUUCAUUAGUGUAGGAACUUAGCACUAUACGAGUGAAUAGAUUUAACAUUUACAUGUAAUACAUCAAGGUUUUAGAAUCAUUUGACACAUGGUCAAAGACUUGUUAGUUGUAGUAAAUCCUUGCGGAGACAGAUUAACUUUGCGUCCAUGUUAACCUCACAAAACAUUCACGUCAGUGAUAACAAUCAUGAUGAUUGGAUGCCACAAGUUUUAGAAAUCAGUACAUAAUUAACUUGAAUCAAUAUUGUGUUCUAUGGUUAUAUAAACAUGUACCUACCAAAAGAAAGAUUAGACUCCCAUCUUUCAUCAGGAAAAUUCUUUAGUAAUCAUAGGUAAGUUUCAGGGAAAAAAAACAGUUCCGGACUAGAAAAGGGAGAAAACUAGCAUUUCAAGCAUAACCUUCUUUUCAUAACUACUUUUGUGACAGCUCAAAUAUAUAAACAACUAUACCCCAACAUGGAAAUAACUAUUUACAAAUGAACUAUUUACAAUUUUAACAUUUGGAAUUAGGCUGCAUGGCGGUUGAGUGGUUAGCGUGCAGGGCUCACAGCUAGGAGACCCGAGUUCAAUUCCACCCUUUGCCAUCUCUGUGUGGAGUUUGCAUGUUCUCCCCGUGCGUGGGUUUUCUCCGGGUACUCCGGUUUCCUCCCACAUUCCAAAAACAUGCUAGGUUAAUUGGCAACUCCAAAUUGUCCAUAGGUAUGAAUGUGAAUGUGAAUGGUUGUUUGUCUAUAUGUACCCUGUGAUUGGCUGGCGACCAAUCCAGGGUGUGCCCCGCCUCUCGUCUGUCGUCUGAAGACAGCUGGGAUAGGCUCCAGCACCCCUGCGACCCUUGAGAGGAUAAGCGGUAGAAAAUGAAUGAAUGAAUGAAUGAACAUUUGGAACUGAACUUUGGGUGUGCAUGUGCGUAUGCGUUAAAAUUUCCCGACAAUGUGUAACCUCCACGCUCUCUCACUUCCUCUUUCCUGUCACAUGUGAUUUAUCUGUUGACAUGAUCUCAUGAUUGACAUGAGUUAAUAAGGUUUCAUUUGCGUGUAGUAAUUUGGUCCCAUAAGUAUAGUCGAGCUUCAUGCUUUGCAGCUGGUCUGUGUUAGAAGCAAUACAAAAGACGUUCAAGAUGCCUCCCGCAUUAAUUAAUGUGCAUGGUGGCGGCGGACUUAAAUGGCAACUAUUUUUAUUGGAUUUCCCGUACUUGGUCAUGAUGUCAAAUGACCAAAUGAUCAGUGUAGCAGAAAUAGUGGGCAUAUUCUUAAUGAUUCGUUAUACAGGAUGCAAUUACAGUUAAUAUCAGAUACAUUCAAUAAAACCAUUAUAUUCAUGACAGCUUUUUGUGUCCUUUUAUAGCAAAUGGGGAAAGAUAGAUCAAUGACAUUUCUACAGAAAUGAGAUAACAAGAACAUAAAGCAACACACCAAAGACAAAUGUGUGCCUUAGUAUGUUUUGGUUCGGUUAUUUUUUACAAGUUGUCUGACUUGUUUUUCAAUUCUUUAAUGUAUUUCUUCGAUCUUGUACCGCCACCGAGGCCUGUUCAUUGAUUGUUUUCAACAGUGUUUUUAAUCUCUGGGUGUUAUAUAAGUUGUCGCUCUGGCUGAAGAUGUAUACUUACAGCUUAAGUUUCAACAACUUUGUCAACUUUGGAUCUAUUUUGAAAUCCUGACCCACUUUAGGGUUAUUUGUUGAUUUGCUUCCUCAGCUUGCUGCUGGAAUGUGUUUAUAUCUCUGCAUAUGUUACAAAAUACAUUACAAGUACACCAUUGUGCUUUUAGGGGUUCAAGCUUGUUACUAAAUAGCUGCACUGGAAAAUAUCCAGUUAGCAUGGAUUCCAGUCAUAGAAGUACAUUCGUGUAGAUUGUACCUUUUGAUUGUGUCAUACUUUGCCCCUUUUUCAGUGUAGUAGACAUCCAUGUAUUCCAAAGCCGUGGAAAUGACAGUGUUUUCUGUGAGGUGUUGAAAUGGCCUCUAAAAGUGACCGCAGUGAUCUCCCAAAGUAACAAAAAUCCCCACAAGAUACCAAGCCAACGGUCGUUAUGGUGGUGGCCGGCUCAAUGAAAGGAAUGCCAAGAUGAACUAGAAAAGACACUUUGUUUGACUUUAUUCUCCCAGUCUAUUUCUGUCUCCUUCUUUGUCUCUUUGUCGUGCGAGCUGCUCGUGUCCCCAAAAGUCCUCUUCAACUUUCAAGCUGUAACUUUACGUGCCCAAAGGACUCAGUCACACAUGCUGAGAUUACGCAGGGCAGAGAGGAGACAACUUUUGACCUGACGCUUAAAACCUGACACACAUGCAAAACUACAAACACAGCUGCUUAUAUUAAUUAAAGUAAAAGCAACACGACGCUAAGUGGCUGCUCCGACUGUUUCUAAAAUAUUCAAAAUAAUUUUAACAGUGACAUUUAUUGAGUGGCUUAUGACUAUUGUUGCUAUUGUGAUAAAUACAUCAGAUCAGGCUUUCCAUAGCAAUUUUAAGGGUAAAAACCUGAAGUGGCAUAACCUACACAUAACUUGGACUGUAAGUGCUAUGGUUAAACAUACCGCGCUUGAAGCAUAUGCUGUGCGCACUCAUUUCAGCGGUGGUACCAAGCUGACGGACGAGUGCCAGUAUUUUGUCUUCUCUCUGGGAUGCCAAGGGCACCAAUGAGGGGGUCUGCUGCAUUUGCGGUUCAGUAGGCAGCGGAUGUGGCUGGAAGGGGCCCAGCAGAGGUGGAUAAACCUGCUGUUCAUUCAAGUUUUAGUUAAUAAUGCGAGAAGACUAGAAAUAAAUGCAUUGCGAAAUACUAAACAUUUUGGUAAAACAAGCACAUUGGCUUUUUUUGCUUGAAAUAAGCUAUGAAAAUAAAUAGUAGAGUAGCUCUUCGCCAUUUUUAUUGUAUAAAAGUAGCACUCACAAGAAAAAACCUCAGUGACCCCUUUUAAAGCCAGUAGUACAUUUAAACAUUUACACUGCAUGUAUGUGAUCGGUAUUAACACCAGACUAUUUCACUCAUGGAUUAUCAGGAUAUCAGGUUUCGCCGACCGGAACAUCCCUACUUAAAUGGGUUAAAAUGACCUUUUACUUGCACAAAAUACGUGUUUAGGAAAUAGCUGGCUUUCCUGACAUUUUGGAGACACUGUAUCUCGGGAUAUGACAUGACAUGACAACCACUCCGAAAUGUUUCCUUUACGUCACUUAGGCUAUGUUAUAUAUAUUUUUUGUUUGUUUUUUGUGAUCUGUAUGUGAACAAUACAGUGACGGGCCUCCUUUGUAUGUGGAUGUGCAACUGCACUCUGAGCGUAUAACCAACCUAUACUUCAUUGAAAGGCGUGUUUUGCUGUGCAAGAGUUGGGGAAACCGAGUUAAGAAGCAGGUACGACUUGAAGGAAAAAAAAAAUCAGAGAUUGUGAGAAAGUCCCAGCAAGAACCGACCGGUGGGACAUUGACAUGAGCUGCUGCACUGACAGAUUUUUUUAAAAAUAUUUUUCAGACAAGAAGAGUACCUAUCCCAAACUCUUGCACAACAAAACAUGCCUUCCAAAGAUACGUAGUAUAUACUGCAGUAGCAAGUGUUGGUGGCAAGGCUUCUUAUAGUUUUUUUUUUUUUAAGUCCUUGUUCGUACUGAUGAUGAUGCAACAUUGGUGUACAUUGUAUACAAAUAGAAGUAUUUUCUACAUUAUGUGUGAAUAUAAAAAUCCAAAUAUUUUCUUCUAGUCCAGAUAAGAACAGGAAGAUACUGCUUUCUCUGUUUCUUUUUAAAUGCUGAUCUGAUUCUGUAAUUCCGAUUAAAUGAAGAAAGCUAAAGCAUGAAGGAUUUGAACACGGCACAUUUACUUAAAAAAAAAUGUCCAAAAGUUGUCAAUUAUGGAUAGUUUUUAUUUUUCAAAUCUAUAACUCCUGUAAUGACUGUACAGCUUGAAAACAUCUGAAAUAGAUUGAAUUAAA